CUGUAAUGACUAACGUUUUUACACAGGAGGCCAUGAGUUUGUUUUACUCCUAAUUAUUUUUAUUGGAUAAUGUUGUACAUCACAACUGAACCUCCUAAUAUCCAAAGUCUGUCUUUUACCUAUUAUAUUUGGAGCUACUUCGACUAAAUGCUGCAUUUGGACAUAAUUAUGAUCACCAUUAAGACAACAAUGGAACAAUCUUUCUCUUGCUCUCUGUCUCACUCCCUCUCUUCCCCAGAGUAAAGCCUCCUCCUCCGUGGCUCCCAGUGCUGGAGAAACAUGACAUCCCCAUCGUGGUGGGAGUGGGCGUGUCUCUGGCCUUCAUCUUCAUCACCAUGGCCUUCUACUCCCUGGUCCAGAAGAACGAGCCUGUCCCCGUGAUUAGAGCCUUGUCUUCCACAGUUCCCAGGAACCUGGGAGUCCCCUUCAGACAUGCUGAACGUCUGGCCACUGGGAGGACUUAUGAGAACAGGGCGUUUGAGGAUGAUGAUUUGGUGGCUGUGAUUGAACAAAGCCCCAACACGUCAGAUACAUGUACCAGACUUCCUGCCCCCAGCCCAGUCACUGUGAUGAUAGACCCUGCCAUUGAUGAGACUCAGGAGACACAGCCUUGCCCCCCGCCCACUCCAGAACACUCAGUCAUAGCAGAGACCUACACUGAGCCCAUCGAAGACACACAGGUUGACCCCUUCCAGGAUGAAGAGAAAGACUGCAGCCUGUCUCACCCCAGCAUCCAGCUGCAGUGUGUGGAGGACUGGGGGGGUGGAGGAGUAUACGGACAAUGCCAGGGCCAGGACUUUCUCCCUGAGCCCCCCUCUCUCACUCCUUCACCUUUCCGCUCCCCGUCUCCCUCCUCCCCUCCUCCUGUGCGUGAGGAAAGCCUGCGCUCCUCCCUGACACUCCAGACCACUGAGCCCUGUGCCAUGCCCGUCCGCCACAGCGUCAGCAUCUCCCACGGUAACGCCCCCCUCCUCCUCUCCCACUGCGUCUCCCUAGGCCUCACCACCGUCGCCGUUGAUGUUCACUUCUACCCAGCAGCUCUUGCGUCAGCCACCGCUGCCAUGGCGACCGUGACAGCCGCCACACAGGUUAAUGCUACCGCCGCUGCUGCUCCAGGGCCCCAGCUCAGCUCUCGAUUAGCACAAGGUCAGGAGCAUGACCAAUCGGCUCCCAGCAUGUGCCAGAGUAAGUAACUAGAUAGAGGGAAUGCCGGAUGGAGAAUUGGUUCCAACACAGAUGUUGCAAUUAGUCUCCACUUUGGACAGCUUGGCUGGAUUGUUGGUUGUCUUCACGUGUCUCUCUGUGUUUAUCAGCCUGUUUCCUCUGCCUUGAUCUGAUGCUGGUGUGGAGAAUGUGUUUGUGUUGGAACCAUCCACUGAAGACUAUAGGACAACAUCCUAAAUGCACUACACAUACUGUACCACAGUCAGCUAUAAACAUGUCAACUACAACUACAUAUUCUGUUUCUGUCCUUCAUAAAGAAAAGUCAUGAGAUUUUCAUUAUUGAUCAUGUAUAUUAUGGCUUCAUUGUGUAUUACAAAUGUCAGUUACAUAAUGAUGCUUGAGGCCUAAAAUAAUGCAUUUAUAGGAAGCAAAAACAAGAAUAUCUAUAACUGCUUUCAUAAUCUUCUUUUACAUGCCAAUGUUUCUCUUCCUUGACUGAAUAUAUAGCUCAUUAUAUUUAUAUAUAUACACUUUAUAAACUCAUGUGUCAAAUACAUUUUAUCAGUUGAAUAUUCUACAAUGAAAAAGCCAAGGAGAAAACAGCUGUGUACAAAAUAUUGCAAUCUUUGUUACUUUACACUUUCUAAUCAGGCAAUCCACAACCUCUCUCUGUUGCACCAUAAACCGACUGUUAUUUCUGUGCUGAAACCAAAGGAAGACGACGACAGGGCUUAACUUACUGUAAGUCUCAAUUGACCUGAAAUUUAAUUUAUCUGGAUCAGUUCACUUUAUGAUCAGUGAAAUGUCUAUAACUUUCAUGAAUUUCCCUUUCCUUUGGUACUGCCAUGAAUUUCUUACUCUUAAAUUAAUGUGUUAAACUGAAAAUUAUAUAUUUUUUCCUGUAUUUCUCAUCUUAUUUGUUUCAAUAACAUGUCCAGUAUCAAUUGUUGCUAACAAAAGUUAAUGUAUUUUUCUUUUUUUUAAUCUUACAUAUUUAUAUUUGAGUGUAUUAAAUCAGUGAACUUAUUACCUUUGUAUGGGUGAUAAAAUGCCAACAAAAAAAUAUAAAAAGUUAUUUGACACAGAUCUAACAUUCACAUACUGUGAUAAUUAUAUAUUUUUUAAGUAUUGUAUCAAAUGGAUUUUUAUUUACUCAACAAUGGCCAAAAAUAAAAAGGGAAAUAAUA